AUGAACGCAGGGAGCGAGAGCGACUUCUGCCGACAAUCUCAAUCUUCAUCUUCAUCAUUGGCGUGGGGCGCUGAGGUGAGGGUCGAAGAUGUGAGAGCCUGGUGGUGGCCCAUCAAGCUGCCACUCGUGAGCGGCGGCAACAACGCGGCGGUGGUCACGAAUGAAAGAGAGAUUUAUGGCGAAGUCGAGGUGGAGGGAGAUGGCGACCACGCUGGGCGAAGGAAGUGGCUGCUGCGCGGUAUCAAGGCACGAGCGCAGCCGGGCCGGCUACUGGCCAUCCUGGGACCCUCCGGGAGCGGGAAGACGACCCUGUUGAACGUGAUGGCGGGGAGAGUGGAGCACGGGUCGUCGAUGGGCCUGCUCACUCGCCUGGGGGUGGAGGGCGGUGUCCUCUACAACGACAUCGCUCUCGCACCACAAGAGGUGGUGGGCUACGUGCUGCAGCACGACCACCUGCUGCCGCACCUCACCGUGCGCGAGACCCUGCGAUACGCCGGCUACCUGCGACUGCCGCCGAGCCUGACCCGGCAACGAAAGCUGCAAAUCGUGGAGGAGGUGAUCAUGGAGCUGGGCCUGAAAGACUGCGCCAACCGUCGAGUCGGCGGCGAUGGCGCACACGGCAUCUCGGGCGGCGAACGGCGGCGCGUAUCCAUCGGCAUUCAGGCAAGCCAUGCCCCCCGCGUGCUGUUCUUGGAUGAGCCGACGUCGGGCUUGGACAGCUACACGGCCAACAAGCUGGUGUCGACACUGGCCGACCUCGCGCACCAGGGCCGCACCAUCGUGUGCACCAUCCACCAGCCGCGCUCCGACAUUUUCCAACUCUUUGAUGACGUCAUGCUGCUCUCUAAAGGGCAUCAGGUGUACUACGGACCGGCGCAGUCGAUGCUGGACUAUUUCCAGCGCUUGGGCUACGUGUGCCCGACGCACACGAACCCGGCCGACUACGCGCUCGAUCUGAUCGCAAUCGACCUGCGCUCGCCCGAGGUCGAGCGCGCGUCGUACAAGCGGCUGGCCAAGCUCACCGCCCAGUACCGCGACGCGCAGCAACAGCAGCUACAGCAACAGCGGGACCUGCUCGACCCGGGCACCGCGCAGGCGGCGCACAGCAAGGAGGCGCGGGACCACAUCUUCAACCAGAUGAAGCAGCAGCACGUCAACGUCGUCGUGCAGAUGCUGGUGCUCGUGGCCAGAGCGUUCAAGAACAUCGUGCGCGACAAGAUGGUGAUCAUGGUCCGGCUCAUCGAAGCGCUGCUGAUGGGCGUGUGCGUGGGCGGCAUAUUCUAUCAAAUGGAUACCGACAACGUCGCAUCCCUUCGCAGUCGGUCCGCCGCGCUGUACGCCAUCGUUUCGCUUCAGCCCUACUUGAUCAUGCUCGCCACCAUCGUACAAUACGAGAGCGAGCUCAAGGUGUUCAGUCGCGAGUAUUUCGACAACAUGGUGGGCGUGGUGCCCUACUUCAUGUCCAUGCUGCUGACCUCCCUCCCGUUCUCCGCCGUCCUCCCGUCCGUCUUCUGCGCCAUCGUCUACUGGAUGGCCGGGCUACGGCCCGAGUGGGAGGCCUUCCUCUGGUUCCUACUCAUCAUGACGGUGAUGCAAUACGUGGGUGAGGCGCUGGGCUAUUCCUGCAUCGCCCUGAUCCGCAGCUUUGGGCCGGCCUCGCUUGCAGGCAACUCCUUCGCCACGUUCUGGACCGUCACUGCAGGCUUCUUGCUCAACCCGAUCUCAUUCCCCAUCUACCUACGCUACAUCGGCUACACCUCCCCCUUCCAGUACGCCUACGCCGCGCUGGCCGUGGUCGAAUACAAGGACAACGAAUACGACUGCCCCUACCCGCCGGAGAACCCCCUCUGCCUCUACUUUGACGGAAACUACAUCCUGUCGCAGCAGAACCUGAUCUUCGAUACCCUGCGACCGAACCUGCUCAUCGUGGGCGCGAUGGCCAUCGGCUUCCGCAUCAUCGCCCUCCUCAUCCUCGUCCUCUUCAAGCGAAAACCAUGA